AUGAUUCAGGAUAGACUCAAGACGGCUCAGAGUAGGCACAAGAGUUAUGCGAAUAGAAGGCGUCAACCUUUGAGAUUCUCUGUUGGUGAUCGGGUAUUCCUCCGUGUGUCGCCCAUGAAGGGCGUGAUGAGGUUUGGGAGGAGGGGAAAGCUUAGCCCCAGGUAUAGUGGGCCUUUUGAGAUACUCCGGAUAGUUGGGGAGGUUACUUUUGAGUUGGCCCUACCUCCAGCAUUUUCAGCCAUCCACCCGAUUUUCCAUGUCUCGAUGUUGCGGCGGUAUGUUCCUAAUGAUUCCCAUGUGCUCCAGUAUGAUGCCGUCGAGUUGAAUGAUCGUUUGACAUUUGUAGAGGGACCACUUGCCAUUCUAGCCAGAAAUGUGAGGAGAUUGCGCUCAAGAGCCAUCCCUGUUGUUAAGGUCCGUUGGGGGCAUCGUCUAGUCGAGGAGGCUACCUGGGAGACCAAAUAG